GGAAUGAGCAGGCCCAGUGCCUUGUGAUCCAUCCUGGAUUUAGGGAAUGAGCAGGCUCAGUGCCUUGUGAUCCAUCCUGGAUUGAGGGAAUGAGCAGGCUCAGUGCCUUGUGAUCCAUCCUGGAUUUAGGGAAUGAGCAGGCCCAGUGCCUUGUGAUCCAUCCUGGAUUUAGGGAAUGAGCAGGCCCAGUGCCUUGUGAUCCAUCCUGGAUUUAGGGAAUGAGCAGGUUCAGCUUCAGGCAUGGAGGGUGGUGGUUGAGAUCCCACCUGGGGGAUCCCAGGGAUGACCCCUGAUCCCAAUUUCCAAGGCUGGGCUUUGGGGUGCAGCAGAGCCCAACAGGAAUUGGAGCAUGGUUAAAACUGGGAAAUGCCAAUUUUUGGUGGCCAGGAGCAAACCCAGGGAGCAAACAAGGAGCAAACGAGCUGGAAAAGUGUCAGGGAGAGCUGGCCUGGCUCCGGCCCAGCCCCGCUCCCUUCCCGUGCCCGCUGAGCUCCUGGGAUAACGCCAGAAAUCCCGCGGCUGCUCCGGCGUCGUCCCCGUGACCGUCACGUGCCCGGGAGGAUGAGGGGGCAGCAAUCCCGGCUGGAUGGGCCAGGAGCCACCCCCUCCUCCCGGGGCUGACCCUCCUCCGUGUUUCUGCUGGAUUUGCAGACAGCAGCCGGCUGCUGGGGGCCCGGCGCCCGGGCUACGGGACGCUGCAGCCGGACACGGACCCGGCCCACAUGGGAUCAGUCCCCAGAGAUGGGUCCCCUCCCUCUCCCCAGGAGGUGACGGGCUACCAGCGCCGUUCCUGGCGGGUGCUGCUGUGCCACGCGGGCUCCGUGCUGAGCGCGGGGCUGCUCCUGCUGCUCUUCCACUGGAAGCCCAGCCUGGAGGUGCAGGCCAAGUGCCAGCCCUGCGCCCUGGGCCAGGCUGACUGGCUCAUCAUCAGGGACCGCUUUGGGCAGUGCUUCACCACCAAGGUGCUAACGGAGCCGCUGGGCGAGGCCAGCCUGGAGCAGCCCCGCGGGGCGCAGCCGAGGCGCGGCAGCAGCGUGGCCGUGGCGGUGCCGUUCGAGGAGGAGAGCGGUGACACCGUGCGGCUGCACGACAAGGACGAGCAGAAGAACCUCCUGAGGUAUUACCUGUUCCAGGGAAUGCGCUACGUGUGGCUGGAGCGGCGGCAGGCCUUCUGCAGGGUCAGCGUCCUGGACGAGGGCUGGAGCUGCGCAGAGCUGCACCUGUGCCAGGCCGGGCUGGACCUGCAGGAGCACAGCGCCAGGAGGAAGAUCUACGGCCCCAACCUCAUCGAGGUGCCCGUCAAGUCCUACGCCAGGCUCCUGGUGGAGGAGGUGCUCAACCCCUUCUACCUGUUCCAAGUGCUCAGCAUGGUGCUGUGGGUGUGUGACGCCUAUUACUACUACGCCGCCUGCAUCUUCCUCAUCUCCACCUUCUCGCUGGGGCUGUCCCUCUACGAGACACGCAAGCAAAGCACCACGCUGCGGAACAUGGCCAGGAUGUCCGUGGGGGUCCGGGUCCGGCGGCCCGGAGGAGAGGAGCUGGUGGUCAGCUCGGCAGAGCUGGUGCCCGGGGACUGCAUCCGGCUGCCGGCGGCCGGGGCGCUGCUGCCGUGCGACGCGGCGCUGCUGACCGGGGAGUGCAUGGUCAACGAGAGCCUGCUGACCGGGGAGAGCGUGCCGGUGAUGAAGACGCCGCUGCCGGCGGGCGGAGCCGCGUACUGCCCCGAGGAGCACCGGCGGCACACGCUGUUCUGCGGGACUCAGGUCAUCCAGGCCAAGGCCUACGUGGGCGGGGAGGUGCUGGCCGUGGUCACCCGCACAGGGUUCUGCACGGCCAAGGGGGACCUCAUCAGCUCCAUCCUCUACCCCAAACCCCUGAGCUUCAAGUUCUACAAGGACGCAGUGAAGUUUGUGCUGUUCCUCGCCGUCCUGGCUCUCAUCGGCACCUUGUACAGCGUCCUCAUCCUGGUUAGGAACCAGGUCCCGGUGGGACAAAUCAUCAUCCGCGCCCUGGACCUGGUCACCGUCAUCGUGCCGCCGGCGCUGCCGGCCGCCAUGACCGUGGGCACCAUCUACGCCCAGAACCGGCUGAAAAAACAGGGAAUCUUCUGCAUCAGCCCUCCACGGAUCAACCUGUGCGGGAAGAUCCGCCUGGUGUGCUUCGACAAGACCGGGACGCUGACCCAGGAGGGGCUGGACGUGUGGGGCGUGGUGCCCCUGGAGCAGCAGCGCUUCCUGCCCAUCGUGCACGAGCCCCGCUGCCUGCCCGCCGGCGCCCUGCUCUACGCCCUGGCCAGCUGCCACGCCGUGUCACCGCUGCGGGGACAGCUCGUCGGGGACCCCGUGGACAUCAAAAUGCUGGAAUCCACCGGCUGGCGCCUGGAGAUGAUGGAGGAGGAGGAGGAGGAAGGGGAACUCCCGGCAUUCCAGCAGUUUGAGAUGAAGGUCUUGGCUGUGGUGAAACCUCCACCAGAGGAGGAGCAACCUCGGGACAGGAGGCACCAGGCCCCCCUGGGGAUCCUGCGGCGUUUCCCGUUCUCCUCCUCCCUCCAGAGGAUGAGCGUCCUGGUCAAGCUGCCCGGGGAGGCCUCGGCCCACGCCUACGUCAAGGGCGCCCCGGAGAUGGUGGCCAGUCUGUGCAGGAAGGAAACUGUGCCCCCGGAUUUCUCCCAGAUGCUCCGGCACUACACCACCGACGGGUUCCGGGUCCUGGCUCUGGCCUGCAAAGCCCUGGGCACAGUGGCCACCUUCGAGGAGGCCCUGCAGCUCCCCAGGGACUCUGUGGAGAGCGGCCUGAACUUCCUGGGGUUCCUGGUCAUGAAGAACGUCCUGAAGCCGGAGUCUGCCCCGGUGAUCCAGCUGCUGAGGAGCGCCAACAUCCGCCCCGUCAUGGUGACAGGGGACAACAUGCUGACAGCCAUGAACGUGGCGCGGGGGUGCCGCAUGGUGGAGCCCAGGGAGGGCGUGAUCUUCGUCACGGCCUCGCCGCCCGGCCACGACAAACCCGCCACCCUCAAGUUCGUCCUGGCUGAGCACUCCCAGGGCGAGGAGCAGCCCGAGGGCCUGCAGCAGCAGGACGGCUCCUCCCUCCCAGCCCGGCACUGCCACUUUGCCCUCAACGGGAAAUCCUUCCAGGUGGUCUGCGAGCACUUCUCCGAGCUGCUGCCCAGGAUCCUGCUCCGGGCCACCGUGUUCGCCCGCAUGCUGCCCGAGCAGAAGACCCAGCUGGUGUGCAGCCUGCAGGAGCUCAAUUACUGCGUGGGGAUGUGCGGGGACGGUGCCAACGACUGCGGGGCGCUGCGGGCGGCCGACGUCGGCAUCUCCCUGUCCGAGGCUGAGGCGUCGGUGGCCUCGCCCUUCACCUCCCGCGUGGCCACCAUCGAGUGCGUGCCCAGGGUCAUCCGGGAGGGCCGGUGCUCCUUGGUCACCUCCUUCGGGGUCUUCAAGUACAUGGCCCUGUACAGCCUGGUCCAGUUCGUGUCCGUGCUCCUGCUCUACACCAUCAACACCAACCUGAGUGAUUUCCAGUUCCUGUUCUUCGACCUGGUGAUCACCACCACGGUGGCCGUGCUGAUGGGGCGCACGGGGCCGGCGCCGGCGCUGGGCGUGCGGCGGCCGCAGGGAGCCCUGAUCAGCGGGCUGGUGCUGGGCAGCCUCCUGCUGCAGACAGCCCUGCUCAUCACCGUGCAGGUCCUCAGCUACUUCAUCACCGUCUCACAGAGCUGGUACGUCCCCCUGAACAGCACGGUGACAGCGCCCCAGAACCUGCCCAACUACGAGAACACCGUCCUGUUCUGUGUCACCGGCUUCCAGUACCUCAUCCUGGCCGUGGCCAUGUCCAAGGGCUACCCCUUCCGGGAGCCACUCUACACCAACGUGCUCUUCCUGCUCGUCCUCAUCCUGCUCUUCAGCCUGAUGAUCUGGCUGACCCUGUACCCGCUGGGCUUCCCCAAAUCCCUGCUGAAGCUCCAGCCCAUCGAGGAUUUCAAUUUCAAGCUGCUCCUCUUGGGCAUCGCUGCCCUCAACUUCUUUGCUGCCUUCGUGCUGGAGACCGCCCUGGAUCACGGCUUGCUCGGCUGCUUCCGAAGGCUGCGCCGGAAAAAAGCCUCCAAGAAGCUUUUCAAGAGGCUGGAGAAGGAGCUGAGCCAGCAGCAGCCAGCCUGGCCACCCCUGGACCAGCCCCUCUUCGCCACGCCCAGGAUGUCCCUGGCUGUGAGAUAGCAGUGCCAGCUGUGCCUCUGUCCCAGCCCUUGGACACUUCCUUAAUUUAUUUAUCCCAGAAAAAGCAGGGAUGCAGCAGGUGGGAUCUCUCAGCAUCACAGAUGGGAAUCCCACAGUGAUCUUGUGGACAUGGUGAUCCCACUGAGCCCACAGCCACGCUGAUCCCAAGGCCACACUGAGCCUACAGCCACACUGAUCCCAUGGCCACAGUGAUCCCAUGGCCACACUGAGCCUACAGCCAUGGUGGUCACAUGGCCACGCUGAUCCUGUGGCCACACUGAUCUCUGAUCCCACAGCCCCAUUGAUCCCACAGCCACGCUGAUCCCAUGGCCCCACUGAUCCCACGGCCAUGCUGAGCCCGUGGCCACACUGAUCCCAUGGCCCCGCUGAUCCCACGGCCACACUGAUCCCUUGGCCACACUGAGCCCAAAGCCAUGGUGGUCACAUGGCCACGCUGAUCCUGUGGCCACACUGAUCCCAUGGCCCCACUGAUCCCACGGCCACACUGAUCCCUUGGCCACGCUGAUCCCACGGCCAUGCUGAGCCCGUGGCCACACUGAUCCCAUGGCCACACUGAUCCCAUGGCCACGCUGAUCCCGUGGCCACACUGAGCCCAAAGCCAUGGUGGUCGCAUGGCCACGCUGAUCCCGUGGCCGCAGCCCAGAGGAUCAGGAGGUGGAGGAGGAACGGGCGAGAAGAUCCAGAGGAGGAGGAGGAUCCAGCAUGGCUCUUCCUGCAGGAAUCCCCCCACUUCCAGGCUAGCCACCCUCUCGUGGCCUGCCCAGGCCGCCAGGAAGGGGGUCCCUGAUGUCCCCAGCUGUGUCACUGUGAAGCCCCAGUCCCCUCUAGAUGUGUAGGGAGUUUACAGUCCCCGUUCCCAGCUUGCCGAGGCUGCUGCUCCAUCCCUAGUGCCUGGGCCCCUUCUCCGCUUGGAAUGCUCGGGCAGAGCACCUCUGCCUGGGGAUGGGACCUCUGUAGCAUUACAGACCCCACAAAUUCUCUAUUUUUUAACUCUUCCCCGUCGGGAAGGCGACGGCGCCGCUCGCGGGUUUUGGACGGGGCUGUCGCGGGUCUUGUCCAAUAAAUUAACACUUAUUUUCUUGGC